AAUCUCCCUUUGCUGGUUGGGUAAACGCCUCCCUUCCUCCUUCUGUUAUAUGGCACUUUCCUCUUCUCUGUUCCCGGCAAUUCAGUGAAGCCCACCACACUAAAACUUAACCCCUAGAAAAAAUUUACAAACUUUGCUGAAUAUUCUGUGCUUUUGAGGUAUAUUUUCGCUGGUCUCCUCCAUUGUGUGUACUAUUUCUGAAAUGGCGUCGUAUAAGGAGCAUGAGAAGGAUCAAGACGAAGAUGGAGGAACGUCGGAGCUCAGCAACAUGGCCGGUGAGCCAGAACGAGACCCUGCAACCACUAACGAGGGUACGAGUAGUACGACGGCGUUUCAAGUGUUGCCGUUGAAGGACGAGCCAAAUGAUUCGGACUUGGACCGAAAGAGUGAGGCUCCUCGAGUUGAGGCUGGUCAGGUGGCGAUGCAUUUGCAUAUGCCAAUGCACUUGCCGGCGAAGACAACUCGACGGUCAUCGACGAAGGACCGCCACACAAAGGUGGAAGGUCGGGGACGGAGGAUCCGAAUACCAGCCACGUGUGCUGCUCGGAUCUUUCAGCUCACUCGGGAGUUAGGCCACAAGUCUGACGGCGAAACUGUGCGUUGGCUUCUGGAACACGCCGAGCGGGCCAUCGUCGAGGCCACCGGCACCGGCACCGUCCCGGCCAUCGCUGUCUCCGUCGGCGGAACUCUUAAAAUUCCCACAACGUCCAAUAAUUCCAAUGACGAAACCUCCAAGAAGUGGAGACGACCAUCAAAUAGCGAGUUCGUAGAUAUGAACGACGCCGUUUUGCAGUCUUACGGGUUGGCGCCGAUUCAACCCGUGGUUCCACAAGGUCUAGUGCCGGUCUGGCCAGUGGGAAGCACAGGUAUGGUGGUUCCUGCUAACGCCUUUUGGAUGAUCCCUCCGGCGGCAGCGACGCAGUUGUCAGCCGGAGUCACUGGAUCGUCCAACCAGCAACCUCAGAUAUGGGCUUUUUCCCCAGCAGUGACCCCGGCAUUCAACAUGCCGGCAGGACCCAUGGAAGCAACGUCAAGUAUUCCAACCGGCGUAGAAGUUUCCGGCAGCAAGUCUAACACGGCGGGGCCAAAGGUAGCGAGGAGUUCAACUAUGGCGCCAAGCGUGAGCUCAAGUGGGAGUGUUAGCGGAAGCAGAGCUCGGAUGUUGAGGGAUUUUUCUUUGGAGAUUUUUGACAAGCAAGAGUUGCAGUUGAUGGGGCGGCGAUCAGAGGAUCAACCGGAGGAAGCUUCGAAACAAUGAGGAAGAGGCAAGUCAAUGGAGAAGAAGAAGAGGCCGUCGUGUUAAUUAAAACAAUAUAAGUGAAAGUGAUUAAAUUAAAAGUCUUGAUAUUAGUAUGCAUGCAUGUUUGAACUUUGAAGUGUGAACGAAUAGUGAUUCUCCAAAUGCAACUUUGUCGUUUGGUUGGUUAUAAUAUUAUGCUCGUAUGAAACUGAUAAC